GAGAGGAGAACGGCAGGACGCUUCAGCAGUCUCUUCCCUCAUUCAGACUCAAACGCCUCUCUUUGCAAUGGCUUUCAAGCUCCUUGUUUCGCUACUUGCUCUCGCGGUUGUUUCCAACGCCGGAACCAUCCGCAAAGCUACUUGCGCGGACGGUCGCACAACUGCGAACGCCGCCUGCUGUGUCCUGUUUCCCAUCCUCGACGACAUCCAAGAGAACCUCUUCGACGGUGGCGAAUGUGGUGAGGAAGUACACGAGUCCCUCCGACUCACCUUCCACGACGCCAUUGGCUUCUCGCCUGCUCUCACCAAGCAGGGCAAGUUUGGUGGCGGCGGUGCCGAUGGUUCGCUCAUAACAUUUGCCGCUAUCGAGACACCCUUCCACGCCAACGGUGGUAUUGACGACAUCGUCGACGCCCAAACGCCAUUCGUCGCUAAGCACAACAUUUCUGCUGGUGACUUCAUCCAAUUCGCAGGCGCCGUCGGUGUCAGUAACUGCCCCGGCGCACCAAGAUUGCAGUUCCUUCUUGGUCGUCCGGACGCUAAGCAAGCUUCUCCUGACCUGCUCGUUCCGGAGCCCUUCGACUCCGUUACCAAAAUCCUUGCUCGUUUCAAGGAUGCCGGAUUCAGCCCUAAUGAGGUUGUUGCUCUCCUAGCCUCUCACACCAUCGCUGCUGCCGACCACGUUGAUGAGACCAUCCCAGGAACCCCCUUCGACUCGACUCCUAAUAUCUUCGAUUCUCAAUUCUUCAUCGAGACUCAACUCAAAGGUACCCUCUUCCCUGGUACCGCUGGCAACCAGGGUGAAGCCCAGUCUCCUCUUGGUGGCGAAAUCCGUCUCCAGUCCGACGCCGAUCUCGCUCGUGACUCUCGCACUGCCUGCGAGUGGCAAUCCUUCGUCAACAACCAGUCCAAGCUUCAGAACGCCUUCAAGGCUGCUAUGGCGAAGCUCGCUGUCACUGGCCAGGACACCAGGAAGCUCGUCGAUUGCUCUGAUGUCAUUCCCGUUCCCCCGCCUCUCGCCGGCAGUGCUCACUUCCCCGCCGGUUUGAACAGGAGGGACGUUGAACAGGCUUGCAGAGCCACUCCCUUCCCCACUCUUCCGACUGACCCUGGACCGGUCACGUCUGUGCCCCCUGUCCCCCCUUCAUAAGCGGUCCAACUAAUAAUGGGGAGUAGGCCAUAAUACAAUUUCCUUUCUCUCCUGGGUUCUUGGUUAAGGUUAUUUCUCAUGCUUAGACAUGACUGAGAUGAUAGUAAUACGAAUACACGUUUUACACCUCA